AAAUUCUUAUGAAAACAUGUCAAAAUGGCACACAAAUCCACGUUUUCGUCAGGCCAAGAUGGUGCCGAAUACAUAUUAGGCACCUUAGAUGAUGAAACGCCCACCGAUUCAGAGGACGACUUAUCCCGACACAUUGAUCCCAAAGAAUCCAUAGGACUCAUGCAGUGCCCCACUAUUGCGGACGAAGAAAAUUCAGAAAAAUUUGAGAAAAACGCUUUGAACAGGAUUACAGCUAUUAAGGCAGAAGUGGAAAAAAUCAGGGAAGAAAUCAUCACGUCAGAAAAGGAGGUUAUCGAACGUGAUUUUAAAAGAUUAGAGGAAUGUCUAAUACGUAAAACCAUCAGUUUGGAUAAUAUCGAGUCAAGGGGUAUCGAUAUUAUUAAGGAAAACAGACGGGAAACCAUAGUGUUCGUGCAAGACUGUUUGAAACUUUUGGAUUGUAAAAUUAAAUCUAAUAAUAUUGCUUGAUCAUCAUAACAAUUAUAAUAGUUUAUUUGUAGCUAG